CGAUGAUCGAUUCAUUGACAAUCGUCAGUAUUAUUGUCACAUCAUUGGCGACAAUUAUAUAUUUUUUCUAUGUUUACCACAACAAAUAUUUCGAGAAACUUGGUAUCCCUUAUCGAAAGAGUCGAUCAAUUUGGUGGUUAACGCUUACAGCUUGGUUUCAACGGAUAGCAAUUACUGAUUAUCUCGACUCAGUAUACAGUGUGCAUAGUGAAGCGAAAUAUGUAGGAUUCUUCGAUUUUGGUGUACAAACAGUAAUGAUUAGAGACACAGAGCUGAUCAAAUCAAUAACUGUUAAGAAUUUUGAGCAAUUUGUUAAUCAUCGUGUUUUCAUUGAUCCGAAGUAUGAGCCACUCUUUGGCAAUAUUCUACUGACACUUCAAGAUGACAAAUGGCGUCACAUAAGAACUCUUUUAACACCUACAUUUACAUCGAGUAAAAUGAAGGCAAUGUUUAAAUUGAUGAUGAAUUGUGCUGUGAAUUUCGUUGAUCAUUUGACCGGAGAACAACAAAAAAAAGGAGAACCAUUGAUUAUUAAUUCAAAAGAUGAAUUUUGUCGUUAUGCUAACGAUGCAAUAACAGCUUGUGCCUUUAGUAUAUCAGUUGAUUCAAUGAAAAACCCAAACAAUGAUUUUUACUUACACGGAAAAACAACAAUAUCGUUUGGAUGGUUUCGAUUAUUCAAGUUUUUUAUGAUAAAAGACUGGCAAUCAUUGGCCAAACUGUUGAGAUUCAAAGUUUUAAAGCCAGUUGUCAACAAAUUUUUUAUCAAUGUUGUGAAAGAUACAAUUAGAAUGAGAGAUGAAACAGGAAUAUCACGACCAGAUAUGAUUCAACUUAUGAUGGAUACUAGAAAGAGCGAUAAUCUCAAAUUAAGCAUUGAAGACAUGACAUCACAAGCUUUGGUGUUUUUUUUUGGUGGUUUUGAUUCUCCAACAACUGCUAUUAGUUUUGCUGCGCAUGAAAUAGCAGCUAACCCUGAGGUUCAGACACGACUUCAGGCUGAAAUUGAUGGGUUAAUCGAAGAAUGCAAAGACGAAGGUGUCACCUAUGAAGCUUUAAAUAGCCUCAAGUAUCUUGACGCUGUCAUCAAUGAGUCACUUAGAAUGUGGCCAGUUGUUCCACUGUUAGAGAGAGUGUGUUCUGAAGACUUUGUUUUGCCGCCAACACUUCCUGGGAAACAGCCAUACACCAUCAAGCCUGGUGACUCUGUUUGGAUUCCAAUCUACUCGAUUCAACGGGAUCCAAAACAUUUUGAUCAACCUGACAAGUUUAAUCCUGAUCGUUUCUUUAACAGAUCAAUGACUGCUUUCAAUGCUCCCUUCGGUUUAGGCCCUAGAAUGUGCAUUGCUUAUAGAUUUGCGAUUAUUCAAAUGAAAGUAGUCUUGAUGCAACUUAUUUCUAAAUGCCAACUCAGCCUACCAGAGCGAAUGGCUCUUCCAAUCAAAAUGCCAAAAAAUGGUUUUUCAAUGGUACCAGCUGAUAGAAAUUCAAUGAGUGGAAGUCGUUCUAGCUCGAGGAAUGGAUCAACUAGUCCAACAAAUAACUUUGACCGAAGAAGUUCAAACCUCCAAUCUGAUGAACAGCAAUUAUCGUUUAGAUUACAAGAGGCUGUCGAAAAUGAAGACCAACUUUUUGGAUGCAAAUAUGAUUUACUUGGGAAACAAUAUUUUUUGUAUUGAAAAUAUUUUAAAGACGAUUCGUUCCCAGAGAAGAAG